CUUCGCUAUUAGAAGUAACGUUGUCGUGACUACAUCCCAAAAUCACUCGAGUUAAAAUGAAACUUUACGCACUCGCCUUUUUAUUCACCGUUUGUUUGUUCGAAAUUGAAGCUGCCCGCGAUUGGAGAAGUGACACCAAGAUUAACUAUUGGCAACAAAUCAACAGUAUUGUCAACCCAGCUCUGGCUCAGAUUCGAAGCGAGGUGAAUGCGAAAGGCACUGGAGCAGCCGAAGCUUGCUACGAAAGAGCGCGACUGAGCUUCGCGAGCGCAUCGUCAACCGGCUACAAUGAAGUAUCCAGCUGCGUGAGAGCUCCCGCGGCUCAGGGCCCCGCAAAUGUCUGUUCUCAGCAGGCGGUCUCGAGAGUUUUCGAGAAGAGGCUGGUUAUACACAAAGAAGCGACUGCCUGUAUCAACAAAACCUAAUGCUCUUCUGCAAUAAAGAUAAAGCGUUCGAGUUGAGCGCGCAGUGUUCGUAAGUCUUUGGAAUUGA